CUUACCACAAACUAAAUUUGCCAAAGAACUAGAUGAACCAAGGUACAUCAAAUCCCAGGAAAAUAAUUGCUCAACAAAAGAUUUGAGUGGGAAUGAUGGCAGCUGCUCCAACCGCACCAUCAUCAUUCCCUAGGCUGUAUAUUACUUCCUCAAAGCCAGGAAGUGUAGGAAUUAUAAGUAGAAAGCAGUCUGUUGUAUUCUGCAGUGUUUCAAAAGAAGAUGGAAUUAGAAGUAUUAGCACUAAAAGAAGACAAGCACUGUUACAGAUGGCCUUCUCUGCAGUUUUUCCUGCUGUUUCUUUACCUUCUUUUGCUGUUGAUGAGUUUCGAGUCUACUCUGAUGAUGUUAAUAAGUUCAAGAUUUCUAUUCCUCAAGAUUGGCAAGUUGGAGAAGGGGAAUCUGAUGGAUUCAAAUCUAUUACAGCAUUCUACCCAGAAGAAGCUUCUUCUGCUUCAAAUGUCAGUGUGGCAAUCACAGGAAUUGGUCCUGAUUUCACCAGAUUGGAAUCAUUUGGGAAGGUUGAUGCUUUUGCAGAAAGUCUGGUCAAUGGAUUGGACAGAAGUUGGCAAAGACCCCCUGGAAUUGCAGCAAAACUCAUAGAUUGUAAAGCUGCUAAUGGGCUGUACUAUAUCGAGUAUACACUCCAACAACCGGGGGAAAGUCUUAGGCAUAUCUACUCUGCAAUCGGAAUGGCUAACAAUGGCUGGUACAACAGACUUUACACAGUUACCGGACAGUUUGUAGAAGAUGAAUCUGAUAAAUUUGAGUUCAAGAUUGAAAAGGCUGUACAGUCAUUUAGAUUAGGGUGACAGGGGAGGGGAGACUUUCACCAAGCAUGAUCAACUACUGUUCCCUACAGACAUCAGUUGUUUGCAGAGACUGAGCCACAUACAAGUUUAUGGGGUCAAUACACUCCAUUUAACAUAUUCUUGUAUAAAAGUUACUGUAUAAAUAUCCAUUUUUCAACUCAUAUUAUUAUAAUUUAUAAAUACAUGUCUCUUAUAACAAAGAUACAUUGAUUACAGCAUA